AUGGCGACCGAACAGCACGGCUCGUCUUACCGCAAUCGGUCCACGUCCCGAACGCACACUUCGCGUCCAACGACUCCGCUCCGACCGUCAUCGCGGUCGUCGUUUCGCGAGUCUGCCCGCGGCAGCGUCCACGGUGACGCGUCCUUCCCACUCAACGCGUUCGAACCGGCGUUUGCAGAGCUCUCUGACGCCAUGGCUGAUCUAGAGGCAAAUAUGAUGCAUUACCAGCUGAUGCACGAGAGCCUGUCACGGUUCAGUGAGAGCUUUGCUAGCUUCCUCUAUGGGCUUAAUAUGAAUGCCUAUUGUGUGGACUUUCCCGAGGGGCCCAUAUCUGAGUCUUUCCGAAGAGCGAAGCAGAGGGACGAGAGCACGACUGUAGCGAAUAUCCGACAGGAAUCCGAAGGAGGAGCAACACAAUUACGAGAAAGGAUAAUGGGCGACCUGGAUGGCGAGACGACCUUCAUCCACAAGGGGUUCUGCGACAGCUACGGCGCGCGGUGGACGCGGUGGACGUGGUGGGACCGGGACCCGAGGCACCGCAAGCACCCGUGGAGGCCGACCAAGCGGGCUGGGAAGACCGAGGGGCAGAGGCAUACGGUGAACGUGUGGGUGGGAGGACUGGACAUGGCCGCUGUUCUUCGUUAUGUUGCCGGCACAAAGAAGUCGCCCAAGGGAACGCUGUACCUCCAGUGUCAUAUCAAACCCGGCGCCAGCAAGAUUCGUCAGGGCGUGACGGCUGUGACGGAUGAUGCCAUCGAGAUCUGCGUUCUCGAUGUGCCCAAGUCUAGCCUGCAGAUCACGCGCGGCCUCAAGUCGCGAGACAAGACCGUGGCCGUUGCAGGUUUGUCUGAGACAGACGACAAGGCGCAAGAGUUGUUGGACCGCGUAAAGAUACUCUUGUCCAACGCAGCAGGCGGUAGCAGUUCUUCUGCCCCCUAG